AUGAAAAAAGCCGGAGUUUUAGGAGCGACAGGUUCGGUGGGCCAAAGAUUCAUUUUACUUUUGGCUGACCAUCCUGAUUUCGAAAUUGCAGCUUUGGGAGCUUCUUCAAGGUCUGCGGGCAAAAAAUACCUGGAAGCGGUGUCAUGGAAACAGACCGAUUUGAUGCCAGAAAAUGCCAAAUCGAUAGUUGUGACCGAGUGUAAGGCAGAGAACUUUGCCCACUGUGACGUUGUUUUUUCUGGACUCGAUUCGGACUACGCUGGUGCCAUCGAGAAGGAGUUUGUUGAAGCUGGUUUGGCAGUGAUCUCCAAUGCCAAGAACUACAGACGGGAACCAGAUGUUCCACUUAUAGUGCCUAUCGUCAACCCUGAGCAUUUAUCUGUGGUGGAGAACAAGGUCAAGAAGGCCAGAGAAGCAGGAGAGAAGAAAGCCGGUCUUCUUGUGUGUAUCUCCAACUGUUCUACCGCUGGAUUGGUAGCUCCAUUAAAGCCCUUGGUGGAGAAAUAUGGUCCAAUUGACUUGUUGACUGCUACCACAUUGCAAGCAAUUUCUGGUGCUGGAUUCUCGCCCGGUGUAUCUGGAAUUGAUGUGUUGGACAAUAUCGUGCCAUACAUCUCUGGAGAGGAGGACAAGAUGGAGUGGGAAACCAAGAAGAUUUUGGGAAACAUUAAUGACAAGGGAGACACAUUUGUGCCUUUGUCUGCAGACAAAAUGAAGGUCAGCGCCCAAUGUAACAGAGUGGCUGUUUCUGAUGGACACACCGAAUGCAUUUCUCUUCGUUUCGCACAGAGACCACCUCCAAGUGUCGAAGAAGUCAAGAAGACAUUAUCAGAAUAUGUGUGUGACGCCAGGAAAUUGGGAUGCUACUCAGCUCCCAAACAGACUAUCCAUGUCCUCGAGGAGCCAGAUCGCCCACAACCAAGAUUGGACAGGAACAGAGAUGCUGGUUAUGGUGUCACCGUAGGCCGUGUGAGAGAAGACCCUGUGCUCGACUUUAAAAUGGUGGUGUUGUCACAUAACACUGUCAUUGGAGCUGCUGGAGCAGGUAUCUUGAUUGCUGAGAUCUUGAAGGCCAAAAAUGUUAUCUAA